AUGGAAUUCGCAAACGAUAAUGAGCGUCAAGUGUUUGAAAAAGUUUUGAAGGAACUGCCGUCAAUUGUCGAGAAGUGCCAAGGUUACGAUGAGCUCUAUGGUUACAAGCUUCUACCCGGUGAGCUUUACGAUGAAAAAGUUGUCGAAGUCUUGAUCUACAAAUUCUGUAAAGCCUAUAAAUUUGAUCAUGAUCAGACAGUAAUGACACUAUCCGCGACGCUAGAAUGGAGACGGAAAUUCGAUCCUAUCAGCGCUGCUUUUCGGGAAAAACAUGAUGAUGCCCUUGAAGCUGUAGGAGUUUUGACUCGGGACUCUGAUGCGCCAGCCAAUUUGAAAGUUAUCACUUGGAACUUAUAUGGCGGUCUUCUGAAGAAUAAGGAAGUCUUUUCAGAUGCCCAAAAAUUUUUGAGGUACCGUAUUGGACUCAUGGAAAGAGGUCUGCGUCUUCUAGACUUUGCUGACCCAACCAAUAACUCCAUGACCCAGGUUCAUGACUACGACGGCGUAUCUAUAUGGAGAAUGGAUCCACAGAUCAAGAAGUGCACCAAAGAAGUGAUCAACGUUUUCCAAAGUUACUAUCCAGAGCUUUUGCACGCCAAGUAUUUCAUCAAUGUGCCAUCGCUCUUGACCUGGGUUUACGACGUUGUCAAGACGUUUGUUAGCGAGGAAACAAGAAAAAAGUUUGUAGUCUUGAAUGAUGGCAAGAAACUGGGCCAAUACGUUCCUUCUGCGCCAAGUGCCGAGUACGGGGGGAAAUCCAAAUCUUCUCUUAAGGAACUAAAUGUUAAGGAAAUCAAGCCUAGUGAAUACGAUAUCUACAUGCUUGAAAAAACCGUCAACGCGGAAAUUGAAUGA